UUUCAUUUCCUCGUUUCAUUUCUCUAGCUAUUCUUUUCUUGACUGGUGUGAUAUUUGAUGGAUAGUCAAAUCUGUUUUCUCUUUGGGAUGCUAUGUUUGAUUCUGCUUCUACCACAUACAUGUUAUGUCUGGUGGUAUCCUUGUCUUGGUCACCGGUUGACGAGGAGAAGAUGACCAGCUCUCUUCGUGCUGUCGUAUGAGAGUUGUGUGUUAGGUGGUAGUGGCCGGAAAGAUGGAAUGGCCGGCCGGGCUGUUUCAUAUUACGUUUGUUCUGAAUGAAUAAGCUGUCUAGUCAUGGUUUUAAUUAUGAUUUUGUUUCUAUGCUAUGCUUAUAUGUGAUAUAAGCAAGUCACAUAUAAGCAAGUCACUUCAUGGUUUAGUAGAUUGUUUCUUGGUUUCUGAUGUCAAUGGUUUUCAAAUAUAUCGAUCGAUUGUUUCAUUGGUUGUGAAUAUUCUGCUAUAUUGAGUUUUUUUCACUAUCGGGGUUGGCGAAAAAGUAGAUUAAAUAGUUGAAAUAAUACAUGGGAGCAUGGCAAGAGUUUUUCAUAUGGUUGUUUACAAUAUGUCUUCGAUCAUGUUUCCAUGUUCCCAAUUAGUGGGAUGUAGGUAGGUAUUGAAUUAAUUGUGAUCGUGACUAAUAACCAGCGAUUUUGUGUUUUUGUGGCAUUAAUUUUCAGCUUCCUUUGUACGUUUAGAGAUCCAUCAAGCAAAGCACAUAUAUGGUUGAGUUAGACGUUGUGAUCCCAACUGCUUUUGACCCAUUUGCGGAAGCGAGAGACGCAGAUGCCCCGGGGGCCAAGGAGUAUGUGCAUAUCCGUGUGCAGCAAAGGAAUGGGAAGAAGUGCCUGACAACAGUUCAAGGGCUGAAGAAGGACUUCAGCUACGAGAAGAUACUCAAGGAUCUCAAGAAAGAGUUCUGCUGCAACGGCAAUGUGGUUCAGGACAAAGAGCUCGGCAAGAUAAUCCAGCUCCAAGGCGAUCAGCGCAAGAACGUGCUCCAGUUUCUUGUUCAGGCAAGAAUUGUCAAGAAGGAGCAGAUCAAGAUUCAUGGUUUUUGAUCGAUCGAUGCAUGACUCAACUUUGGGGCUCAACUAGCUAGUUCGCUACUAUUUAUAUAUGUACGUGGUGCUCCUAGUCCUUGAUCUGUGAGGCCGUGAUAUAUAUUUAUAUUGUUAUGUGAUAACUGGAUGGUUCGUCUAUAAUACGUGCAACUUGUUAUAGACUUUUGCUUCUGGUUAGUGUAUUUGUAAUAAAGAUGUGUGGAAUUUUACGAAUUUCAUUAAUGAUGAGGCAUACUUUUGAUAAUAAA